GUGGCGUGUGUGUGUGUGUGUGUGUGUGUAUCCAGUGAAAAUCACCCGGACGCGGACCGAGACAGUUUUUUGACCGUACCAAUGUGUGUGGCCUGUGAAUAUACGAUAUUAACCCCGGCGGAAUCAUCUCAUGGACACAACAGUAUAUCGAAAAUGAGGGAAUAAUCGGAGGGAGACGCGCGGCGAGGCUCGUCUGUAGCUACGGUUUUGUUGAACUGCGAGUGGGAUCACAGCUGCUGGCUACGAAAAUGUCGAGAAAAAUAGAGAGCAAGCAAGACUCGCAACGGUCCCAUCUGUCCACUUUCACCAUGAUACUGAAGGACAAGUUCCAUUCUCCCAAGAUCAAGAGGACUCCAUCCAAGAAGGGCAAGCAACUUCAGCCCGAGCCAGCAGCCAAGAGCACAGAGAAACCUGCUAACAAGAAGGUUAGUCGGCUGGAGGAGCAUGAGAAGGAGGUGGUCAGUGCCCUGCGCUACUUCAAGACAAUCGUGGACAAAAUGGUCGUAGAGAAGAAAGUGCUGGAGAUGCUUCCAGGAUCGGCCAGCAAAGUGCUUGAAGCAAUCCUGCCUCUGGUUCAGGUGGAGGCGCGGAUACAGCACAGUUCGGCGCUGUCCUCUUGCCAUAGCCGUGUGUAUCAGAGUCUGGCCAACCUUAUCCGUUGGGCAGACCAGGUGAUGCUGGAUGGCAUCGACUUGGAGGACAAGGAAAAUGUGGCGUCUGUCACCACUGUCAUCAAAGCAGUGCUGGAUGGAGUAAAGGAACUGGUGAAGCUGACCAUAGAGAAACAGGAGCAGCCAUCACCCACAACCCCUAACAAACCGGCACCACCUGCUACCACAGCAGAGAGCAGUGUGUCAUCGGAGAUGCCCUUGAUAGAUCGGGAACAGGAGGUCUCGAAUAAGCCAGCUCCGGCAGCUACUCCUGCAGAGGCUGCCCCUGAAAUACCAGAUGAGGACGUGGCCCCUCCCAAACCCCCUCUUCCUGAAGCCAAAAUGGCAGAGCUCAGAGCACAGUUGAGUGCUGACGCUGGCCAAAGGAGACCCUCUCAGAAGGAGAAUCCUCCUCCAGCUCUUCCCCCUAAGAAGCGCCAGUCAGCCCCUUCGCCUACACCGGUGGCCGUGGUAGCCCCAAUGAGCCGUGGCUCCAGUCUGCCGUGUAGCGACCACAGACAGGAGUACGAGCAGGAGUUCCUGCAGAGGCGUUUCUCGGGGGGGAGCCACUCCUAUGGUGGCGACUCUCCACGUCUUUCUCCGUGCAGCAGCAUGGGGAAACUCAGCAAGUCUGAUGAGCAGCUUUCUUCCAUGGAGCAGGACAGUGGUCAGUGUUCUCGUAACACCAGCUGUGAGACGCUGGACAACACAGAGAAUUACGACCCGGACUAUGACUUCCUCCACCAGGACUUGUCGGCUGGGGAUAACCUGCCUCCAAUACCGGUGGGAGGCUGCCUGAGCCCUCUGCCUGAGUCUCACAGCGAGUCCUCUUCCCCCGUUCCCGGACAGCAUCCCACACAUCCCCGCUUCAGUGCUCCUCCAACCCAGCAGCCAGAAUACUGGACCCCCCAGCCCAAUCAAACUAAUCCCCUACAGUCCUCCCGCAUCAGCGCACCCCCUGCCUUACCGCUGAAGAAGCGACGCAGCACCCAAACAUCGCCCUUCCCCGACGGAGGGUCCAGGGUGUUGUAUGAGCGCUACCCCUCCCAGUAUGACAACCUGUCCGAAGAGGAGCUUCACCCUACGCCACCAUUCCCCCUUUUCACACCCAUCUCGCCCAUGCCUCAGACAAACGGGGGCAUGUUCGUUGCCCAGUACGUUGCCAGCGAGAACGCUGAUGUCCCCGCCAGCCCACCACCACUGCCAGAAAAGAAAAGCAGACACAUCCUUCAGUACAUGCAGUUUGUGGAAGACUACUCAGAGCCACAGCCCUCCGUUUUCUACCAGAUGCCACAGAGUGAAAGCAUCUAUGAACAGCGCAACAAGCGCUUCCAGGAGGUCUACGGCUUCAACGACUCCUUCAGCAGCACCGACUCAGUCCAUGAGCCGCUGCAGCCUCCAGCAUUACCACCAAAACAAAGACAACUGAGCGAGAGCGCGAAUGACGAGGGCGGGGAGGGGGAGUAUGUCAACUUGUACUCAUCCAGCCAGGCCAAUGGGGAGCUGCCUCUCCCCCUCAGAGAAACGAUUGCAGCUGAUGAUGUGCUCCAAGACCCCGCCCCUCAAACACCAUCCACCAAUAACAAAGAGGGUUUGGACAAGGAAAGGAGGCAGAAGUCAACGGAAUCGGCUGGGAGCGAUGAGGAAGACGUGGACGAGCUCUCCCUCAUAGACCACAAGGAGAUAAUGAGCAGGAUAACACUAAAACAAGAAAAUGACGAUGGUCCUGAUGUUCGUGCUGGAUCAGGAGAUAUUCUAUUAGUCCACGCUACAGAAACAGACCGCAAAGAUCUUGUUUUGUACUGUGAAGCCUUUCUGACUACAUAUAGGACUUUUAUAACCCCAGAGGACCUCAUUAAGAAGCUACACUACAGAUAUACCACGUUCUGCCACAGUCCGGACACCGUCAAGAAGAGAGUCAGCAAGAACACGUUCUUCGUGCUGGUCCGUGUGGUCGAUGAGCUGUGCCUGGUUGAGUUGACGGAGGACAUCCUGAAACAGCUCAUGGACCUGGUGUUCACGCUGGUGUGUAACGGCGAGCUCAGCCUCGCCCGCGUGCUCCGCAAGAACAUCCUGGACAAGGUGGAGCAAAAGAAGCUGCUGCGCUACACUAACUCCCUCAAGCCCCUCGCCGCCCGAGGGGUCUCUGCAAGGCCUGGAACUCUUCAUGACUUCCGCAGUCAUGAGAUCGCUGAUCAGCUAACUCUUCUCGAUGCUGAACUUUUCUAUAAAAUUGAGAUUCCUGAGGUUCUGCUUUGGGCCAAGGAGCAGAAUGAGGAGAAGAGUCCGAACCUGACUCAGUUCACAGAGCACUUUAACAACAUGAGCUAUUGGGUCCGCUCUUUGAUAAUUCAGCAGGAGAAAGCCCAAGACAGAGAGAAGCUGCUUCUCAAGUUCAUUAAGAUAAUGAAGCACUUAAGAAAGUUGAAUAAUUUCAACUCCUACUUGGCAAUACUGUCCGCCCUGGACUCGGCCCCCAUCAGGAGAUUGGAGUGGCAGAAACAGACCUCAGAGGGACUGGAGGAGUAUUGCACGCUGAUCGACAGCUCCUCCUCCUUCAGAGCAUACAGAGCUGCUCUGGCUGAAGUGGAGCCGCCGUGCAUCCCGUACUUGGGUCUCAUCCUCCAGGACCUGACCUUUGUCCACCUGGGGAACCCCGACCUCAUCGACGGGAAGGUCAAUUUCUCCAAACGCUGGCAGCAGUUCAACAUUCUGGACAGCAUGCGCCGCUUCCAGCAAGUGCAUUAUGAGCUGAAGCGCAACGAAGACAUCGUGUCUUUCUUCAACGACUUCAGCGACCACCUGGCGGAGGAGGCCCUGUGGGAACUGUCGCUGAAGAUAAAGCCCAGAAACAUUGCCAGGCGUAAGACGGACCGCGAGGAGAAGACCUAGGGCCCGUGGGCCUCCGACACUGACCUCCAACUGUGCUUCAUGACACUAACUCCACUUUACUACAGACUGAGAGAAAGACGAAUGGAAGCUAUCCGCUGAAGCUAACGGGAGACUCAUUGUGUGGAAUCCAGAACAAACUACAGACAACUGAAGCGUCGCCGAGGUUUACAAAGAGCUCCGCUGCUCUGGGAGAUUAUAAUUGGGAUGACUUGUGGCUCUGGCGUUUAGACGGGGGAGAGAUUCAGUGACUAUGGUGAAACGAGAAGAAGCCUGGUGCCAAGGAGGGGGCGAGAAAUCACACAGAGCGGACAGGGAGACACUACGGAAACGACCAAAGUCUGCUCCCUGGGCUCUCUGUUUUAGAGUGGAGCUGUUGCGUGUGCGUGAGAUUGAGCUGAAUGGUCCAUAACUCUCCCAAGCCGCUCCUUCCCUCUUCCUUAUGUAUGUGCCAUUUGUUGGUCAUCUUCUGCAGCCCUCUCCCCGAGUUCCCCUCGAACAGCAGAACCUCGAGAGCAACCUGCCGAGAACUGUGAAGUCAACGCGCAGGCUGCGGGCCCGAGAAUCUGCUGUGGACGUGAGGGGAUCUGAACUUGAAGAGAAGAUGGCCAUUAUAGACUGGAACCUACGAGUUUGUUUUGAAACAUUUUGUGUAAGAAUCAUGUAUGGUUAUGAUAUGUAUUAUAUACAGUGCUCCUUUUGUUCUUAAAAAGGAUGUUUAUGCUUAUGAGAAGAGCUUAGCUUCUCCCAAGUGCCAUACAUAUGUGCACUAAAAAAAGCAAAGCAAAAACACAAAAAGAUAAAAUACUAAAGAUGCUGUGAUCUAUGUAUGUCAUACUGAAUCAUUGAGUGCCGUGUUCCAGUGUAGAGAACCAUCAGGCAAUCACAAUCAUGUCCCAGUCAUGUCGGUGUGUGAAAGAGUGUUUGCGUGCGACUGAAGUCCUCAGUGACUUGUGUGUUUGUCAUUCCAAAAUGUGCUGUAGUAAAUCAUUCGAUUCCUUUUUGGGAUAAUGGUCAGAACCAACACAUCACACUGUGCUCUCAGACUCCAAUAAAACAAACAGCUCUGUUUCUAUACACGC